GUGGAAGUGGAAUCGCCCAAGUUUGUUGACAUUUGAGAACUUCCUUUCGGCUGUGUAUACAACAUGUGGAUGGCAAAGGAGGUAUAUUUACCCAUAUGCUGACAUAAAAUACCGGGUUUGUGGGAUCUUCUCUGUCAUGGGUCAGAAAUCAUCAAAGCCGAGAGACUUGGAUGGGGAACCUUCCCCCACACCUCGCAAGUCUCCGAAGCGGGGAGGAAUGAGGCACCAUGAGAGAUCAGAAAUAGAAUCCCCACUGAGAUCAGAGUCCGCUCCCGUUAUGGAGCAGAGAUCCAGUAUAGGGGACUCGCCAAGUCUUCCGAAGAGCAGGUCCUUAAAUAUGGCGUCUUCUAGCUCGGAACAAGAAACAGACUAUGAUCAACAAGACACAGACUAUGAGCAAAAGGAAAAUGUUCCUCAGACGUGGACAGAAAAAUCCAUUCCUGAUAGUCCCCUAAGAAUGAAUGGCACUGGCACAGAGCCAUUAACACCAAAGACAGUCAAUGGAGGUAUGCUUCCUCGGGCGGCCUCUACACCAGCAGCCUAUGGGAUGUUAUGUACAGAACAAUUACAUAUAAACACAGACUCUGACCAGGACCACACAGAUCAAAGUGAUGAUGAAGCCCUAACACCUGUCAGUCAGGACUACUAUGAAAAGAAGGCGGUUCUAGACUAUGGAAAGUUUUACAAUACUAGUUACCUGGGUGAGGGGAAAAGCAACUACCUGAAGAAGGCCCCCCUAAAUCCCCGCCAGGACCACACCUCCCCCCACUUCCACCGGCCAGUCAACUUCUCUUACUCCAGGGACAAACCAGAAUUUUUGAAACCCAAGAAAAGUGGUAUGGCUGCAUUAGCUACUGGCACGAAAGUGGUGGUAAAGCGAACGAGGCGGGUUUCCUCUUCCUCUGAGCUCCGCAACGAGGAGGCUGUGAGGAUGAGCAUGUUCCCCGCUGCCAAGCCCCCACCCCCCAAUGAGAUCACCAAGAUAGAAAGAGAGGACUGGCCUGGACCUCCAUGUCCAGCAGCCAUUCUACCAGAAAUUUUGAGACAGCGACGUAAAAGUCGCGGUGAAACAGAUGAAGAGGAUGAAGAAAUGCCCCCAGAGGACCCUAAAAUUACCAAAGAAAUAGAGGAACUCUCCAAAUUUAAAGACCAGUCUGGUAUAGGCAAAAUUAUAUAUAAAGAACUGGAGGAAAAGCGAGCACAUCCUGUGAAGGCUUUAGAUCCAUGGAAAGCUUCUAGAGUGCCAAGUGCUGAUCAUGAACCUCGAUACAGCACACGGUACCAGUCCCCAAUGUUUGCCUCUCCCUCUAGAUUCCUGGAUCGACCACGUCGGUAUUGGGAUGAUAGUGAUAUAUCACGAGGCUAUAGAACUAUGUCCACACAUCCAGUACGAAGAACUAGUUAUUCUCUAACUCCAAGGGCUGCCACUCUUCCUGUUUCGGGCACUUUUGGAGGUCAUCUUAGCUAUAGAUACUAUGAUUUUGAAGAUCUGGGAUCCAGGAGUCAUCCUUCAGCAACUUCUUCUUCCACAGUUAAUACAGAGCAAGAAUCUUUUGCGACUUCCAGUAUAUUAGGAGGCCAAGGUAUAUCUAUAAUUUCUCUACAGAGAAGUACGUGGCACACAGAAGCUGAUCCCCCGAUCUAUCCAUAUGAAAAGCUGAAGAUUAGUAAUUUCGACUUGCCUAAAGAUGUGGAUAGAAAUAUGCUGGAGAUUCAUUUACGUCCAGAGGACUUUAAUCAACUGUUCAAAAUGGAUAGGGAACACUUCACAAGACUACCAGAAUGGAAGCGUAAUGACCUGAAAAGGAAAGCAGACCUAUUUUAAUUCCUUAGACCAGCAUCAUCCAAGUGAUACAAUGCAAGAUGUUUUAUUAAUUUGAAAUAUGAUUUAUUUGCUUAAAUCAUGUUACCUCUGCCUUAGUAGGAUAUUGUGGACGUGUGGCCGUGCUGCAUACAACAUAUCAUUGACUUGUUAUGUUAGACCGAGUUCGAUUUAGUAUCUUUGGAGUUACUACAGAUCUGUAAUGACAGUUGUUGUGUUAUUAUGAUCUGAUUUAUUCUUGGCCAAACAACAGAACAAUCAAGUUUAGACAUGUUAGAACUAAGCUUACUGACUGUAGAUGGUUUUCGCUUUAUAAUGUAGUGUAAUUAUGAUAGUAAAUGGGAAUUCGUGGUACAGAGUAUUGUGCUUAAGCUAAUGGAACUACAAUUGAUGCUGUAUUUAACAUUGCGAUACUGAAAUCAAAUAUGCAUAUAGUGAUUUUUUAGUCUUAGUGAUUUUAUAAACUGGGUUAGUGAUUUUAUUAAGUGUUAGUGAUUUUUUUUCUUGUUAGUGAUCAAUAAUUAUUUUAGAAACAUUAUUUAUGGGUGCUAAGCUUUAUACGUGUAUUUGCUCAUGUGGCAGAAGCAGUCAGCAAUUCUUGUCAGCUUUGUAUUUUAAUUUUUUUGUUAUUUUCAAAAAAAUGAAUAUAAGAGUUUUAUAUCAUAUCAUGGUUUCAGAGUCCAUAAAAUCUAAACAUUAUGCAUUUAUUAGGAUUAUUUCCAGACAAUCUGUGGUAUUAAAUAAUACUUUAUUUUGGGUGAUGGUAAUUGCUUAUAAAAAAGAGAAAACAUCUUAGUUUUUUUUUUUUUUUUUUUUUUUUGCUACAGAGCAUAGAUUUUGAGACUUUGUUAGGACUUAAUGUGUUUAUGGCAUUAUGAUAUUGUGUAAUUUUUUUUUGAGUGAUAUUGUGGAUGAUAUUACUGUGAUUUAUAUAUACAAAUCCUUUUUGAUUGCUUACUGGAUGCAAGUAUCUACUGUAUGAUGUUAAUUCUUCUUAAUGCAUGGGCUUUAUAAAUUUCCACAUCUACUUGCCUAAUGUUUUAUUUUCCCUAGUUUAAAGGGUAUAUCCACAGCGAUUGUGAUUCCUUGUGUAUAAGUGUGUAAGGCAAAACAAAUUCAUUUUGUUUUAGGAUGAUGGUUGUUUUUGCAGGUAUAUGUAUCUUGUAAGUUUUAGGCACUUUUUAGUGGUCUGAAAAUGGGUAAAAAAGUAAAUUCAUGGGGCAAUAUUUUAUGUUUAAAACUGUUUUUUGCUUUACAUACAUGUAUAUUUUUUUUUCUCUAUUGAGUUAUUUAAUUCCAGUUAUUGAUGCUUUUACAUGGAAAAAAUAAAUACAUGCAGUAUUAGGUAAUUCAUUGGAAAUUGUGAAUCUUUGAUCAGUGUCUCUGAUGAAUAAAAAAAAACACCCAAAUUGUC